AUGCGCUUCUGUCCUCACGAUUCUUCAAUGCUGUAUCCUCAAGAAGACAAACGCAAUAAAAUACUGCAGUAUGCGUGCCGCUUGUGUCGCUACGUGGAGUCGGCACCGGAUCAACCUUUGAUUUAUCGCAACGAACGCAAAAAGGAAGUGGGAAAUAUUUUGCAUACCGUCCCGUCGUCAAUUUCGGAUGAUCCGACCCUGGCUCGAUCGCAGAAAGCCAAUUGUGCCAACUGUGGACGUCAUGAAGCGGUCUUCUUUCAAUCCGACGUUGCACAAUCAGACUCACUGGCAUUAAUCUUUGUCUGUUGCAAUUGUGGGCACAAGUGGGUGAAUUGAUUUCCAGUAGUUUGUGCACCAUUGACCCGCGAUGGAGACGAACACGCUCAUUAUUCGUGACGCCGCGUGACGUACACGCAUUCGACUUACAUUAGAUCAUAACAAACAGGGAUUCGAAGGGCGAAACAC